AUGCUUGUUAAGAUACAAAUUGUUUCUUCCCCUCUGGAGAUCACGAUAUCUGAUACGGUAUCUAAAACUUCUUUGAGCAUAAAGGAUGAAACGGACAUAUUUUUGGAUAAACUAUAUCAGGCCGACAAGGCAAAGUCAGAAAAAAAAAAUAGUAAAUCCGCAGCUAAGGAAGUUGAUGUUGAAGAAGAUAAAAGUUCUGAUGAUGCACCAUCAAAGGACGAUGGUAAUGAGGACCCUAAGCAGAGAGAAAAAUAUCGGAUAGAAAAGGAAUUUAAGAAUGAUCCCUGCCUUUCAAAAACCAUUUUGGAAUCCAGGUACAGUUCUAUGAAAUUGAAGUCUUUCUAUGGUACACAUGAAUUGAGCAAUGAUGAGAAUUAUUUCUUGGAUUUAACAUGUGGUGAUAUUGAAUACGUUCCAGAAGAUGCAGACUCCCAGUUAGAAUAUACGGACUCCCGUUUGUUAGAUGAUGAUUUUGAGUCCCUCAAUCAGUAUUUACGUAAGACUGGAUACGGAUCAAUAAUAGCUGGGGAAGACGCCGAUCUUGACAGCUACGACUUUUCCUCGCUAACAGAUUGGUAUCGAUUUACAGGCUCAUCUGUCUGGCUCCCUGAUCAGAAAUAUCACCUUAUGAUGAGUAGGAUUGUUUACUCCCCGAAUAAGAUUCCGUUGGUUUCGUUCAUUCGUUUGCAGUUGUUUGAUCCAAAUUGGAAGGAGAUUAAAGGUCGCCGUUUGAGAUAUGUUGAUAUUGAUGACAAAGAACUCAAGAGUGCAGUUGUCAACUACGAAAGAACAAAGAACGAAACUAUUUUGGAUGGCAUAUCAAUUAAAUUUCCAAAUAUUUUAGACAUAAAUCUUGAUGUCGAGAGCAGAUCCGAUUUGUUAGGGCCAGAAGAUCCGAGAAUUUUAUAUAAGAGCACGGGUGAUGUUCAUGAGCCCGUUGCCGUGUUCAAUCAGGAUCUUCGAGGAAGAAGAACUAUGUACGCAACAUUUCCACUACGUCAUACCAAACCAGGGCACAAGAAAGAGACUUUAAUGUUGCGCACAUCUCUUAUGGGGGAUUACCCAUUCGAAAAAAAUUGGACACCAUUCUUCAGCAAUAUAUCACCGCCUCCUCCUCCAGGUUCCAGAGGCUGGAUGUACAUGUUCUACGCCUUAGAUCCAUUAAAAAUUUUUAAGUGUGAUUUAGACACUGGUUAUUGCGAUAUCGUACAACAGAAUGGCAAGAAGACAGACAUUGAUAGAGGUGGAUUACUUACAUCUGUUCGUGGUGCCACAAGUUUAAGGUCUAUUCCUAGAAAGAUAGUCCAAAGAAUGCUUCGAAGAGAUGGAAUUCUGGACCCAGAUUACCCACUUGAAAUAUGGGUGGGAUUCGUGAAAACCCAUAUUGAUGAAUGUGGCUGUGGCGCCAUGUUGUACAGACCAAACAUAAUGGUUCUUGUGAGGCAGGAAAACUCUUUUAGAAUUGAUCUACUUUCAAGUAGUAUAGACUUUGGAAAAGAUGUUAUGUCAUGGGAUGAUUUGACCUCUACAUACUGUGAUGACGGCAACAACGUGUUAAAUGCGAACGAGAUCUCGUUUUGGCAUAUCUCUGAUGAACUCCCACAGGAUAUUCAGCCUUUCGACCCGUCUGCCAAAGAGAUUCCCAAAUAUGACGAUUACAUGGCAUUAACCUUGAGUGAAGCCGAUGAAAACGUCCAGGUGGUGUUUUUGAGGCACGUGUUAAACUAUGUUCUUGGGUUUUAUAAGCAUACCAAACUUGUUUUAAGUUCAAGGGAUAUAAAUGGAGAAAUCGAAGAGCGUACAAAAAGAGUUGAAGAUUGCAUGCUUCGAUCAGGUAUCGAAUAUUGCCAUGAAUAUGCUAAAAUACAUACGAGACCGAAGUCAGAUGAAGCUCCAUCUUCGGAAAAUGGUGACUAA